AUCAGCUGGUCAGUUUAGGUGACGACCGCGAGUAAACUCGAGAGUUACUGCUUGCUUAGUUUAGCGAGCGAUGUGACUUUAUAAUAGAUAAGUUGAUAUAGCUUAUUUGGCAUUUCUUUCUGCUUUAUGUAGAUUAAAGGAUUUACAAUGAGUUGCGGCGAAGUUAUCGUAAUUUUGACCGCAUUAUUUGUUACUCUUUAUGGUUUCACUGUUGAAAAAGGACAAUUUUCUGGACAAAAAGAAGCUUUUUUGGAACUACAAAAUGAAUUUACGACGUUUCUAAAGAAAUUUAACGCUUCAAAACUUCACAAACAAGAAAUAUCCGAAACAUGGGGAAACGUUUCUCAUCUUUUUGAAGAAAUAUUGUCACAAUUUGGACAAAAUUAUCAACAUAUUGGGAAAUUACCUCCUGACCCAGAUGCAAAGAGAAAUGCAACAGAACUGAUUCGAAAUAAAGGACUAGAAGCAGAUGAGCAUUACGUAACAACUGCAGACGGAUUUAUACUUCUUGUAAUCAGGGUCAGAUCGCCAAGAAUCAAACCACACCCAGACAAGUUGCCAGUAUUUUUACUUCACGGUCUGUUGAGUUCAUGUGAUUGUUACAUCAACAAUUUACGAAAUGAAAGUCUUGCGUUCAUUCUCGCUGACAUGGGAUAUGAUGUUUGGUUGGGAAAUAUCAGAGGCAACAGAUAUACAACGAGACAUCAACAUUUGCAUCCAAAUGAUAAAGAGUUUUGGAAAUGGAGUUUUGAUGAAAUGGGGCAGUAUGACGUUCCUGUUAUGGUGGAUUUUGUUUUGUCUCAAACUGGGCAUAAGAAAUUGGACUUCAUCGGCCAUUCUGAAGGUUGCACAAAUCUCAUCACAUCAGUUGUAUCUCAAGGUCAACCAAUGUCAGACAGAGUAAACAAGUUCAUUGCUUUGGCUCCGGCUGCUUAUGUCUCUCAUUCUAAAGGUUUAUUGAAAGCUUUGGCAAAGUUUGCAAAGAUAAUACAGAAAGUCUGGAAUUGUUUUGGUGAAGGAGAUGUGUUUGCACAUAAUGGCUACGUUGCAGAUUUUGCGGAGAAAUAUUGUUAUGAUAUUCCACAUACAUGCUCUAUUAUACUGCAUGCAAUGGUGGGAACCGGACUAAGCCAUUAUAAUACGUCUCGUACACCCAUGUAUCUCUCCCAUGCCCCGGCUGGGACCUCAACUCAGAACAUGGUUCACUGGUCGCAACAAUGCGAGGGUGGAAAUCAACUUAUUUAUUAUGAUUAUGGAAGCAGAUGGAAAAACUAUCAACAUUAUAAAAAGUUUAAGCCUCCAGCGUAUGAUUUAUCAAAGUUCACUGUUCCUACGUAUGUCUUUCUCGGAGAUUUAGAUUGGCUUGUGGCACCACCGGAUGGACGAGCUGUCGUAAAAGAUCUUCCUAAUGUAAAAUGGACAAAAAUCUUUCCUGAUUUUAAUCAUAUAGACUUUGUUUGGGGAUAUAAUAUUGCGAACACUGUAAAUAGAGAUAUAUUGAAUAUCUUAGAUACUAAGUAGAUUAGAGAAACAUGUAUAAGAUAUUUAGAAAAAUAUUAGAGAAACAUGUAUAAGAUAGGAUUUACAUAUUUAUCCUGCGGCAGAAGAAAGUCGAUAAAUCGGCUUCACCAUAUGGCGAACCACGGACUCUCGUUCGGUUACCAGUCCGUGUCAGGUAUGGGAUUAGUUAGCCAGUCAUUUGUUUCAGAUGCAAGGACUUGAUGGUGGAGGAGGCACAAUGCGCCACCCACGCCACUGAGCUGUCUGAAAAGGUAUCUUAGAUGAGAAAUAGUUAGGGCCAUAUUAGGAAGAACGUCUGUGGGGUAGCCGUUUAUAUAAGGAAAAAAAUAAGAAGAUAUGUGUUGCACUCUGAACAAGGCUCUGUAACAGCAUUUACUGAUAUUUAACGACAUUUUACAUUUUUUGUAAUGCAAAUGCUUUUGUAGUUGGGCUGUAUUAAGAAGGAACAUCAUAUUGAUGGGUGACCAUUUAUAAAAUAGAUAAUAUUGUUCAUGUUUAAUUGAAGUAAAAUAAAAAGAAAAGAGGCGUUUAACUCAGAAAUUUGACUUAUAACUCUGUUUUGGGAUGUAACAGAGGUACGGUGCAAUGUUGGAUAUAUUUUGCGAAAUGUUUUUGCUACAGUAAGCAAUUUGGCUUUGCUCGAAUGAAACGCAUUCGUUUUUUUACUAAAUUUUUUCCAGUCUUGGUUUUAUUCGAUCUCGAAACUUCCAUUUUCUUGAUUUGUUCAAUUCUUGUUACGUUUUAUUCUUAAUUUUUGUGCUUCUAACCAUCUUUUUGUGUUUUUUCAUGAAAGUUCGUUGAUGCUUUUCUAAAAAUAACAGGGACAAAAUUGAAAUUAUAUAUAUUCGAAGAUUUUUUUACAUAAUUUUAUUUUAUGCAGUGAAAUUUUAGGUCAAAUUUCAAAACAAUUACCGCAAAUUAAUGGCAAGAUAGAUUUCUAGAAUGUUCAAGCCCUUUUUUAAAAUCCCACUCCUGUACAUAGAAGAUCAUUUAAUAGGUAUAGUUCCAUUUUUUUGUUCUCACUGCAUUAGUUGUCUGUUACUUAAUUUUAAACUCAUAAUUUAUUUAAUUACGGUUUUGUCUAUUGCU